UGCCGCAGCAGUUGGAGCAGCAAAAUAGUUACCGUUAGGCAAUUGCAAGACGCAAUUAUAAUUUUUGGGGAAAAAAAACAUAUAAUUUUGUUAUUAAUUUGGGUUUGUUAGUAGCUGACCACCCCCCCUCACCCACCGGAUAGAAAAAUCCUAAUAGUAGUGAAUUAGUAGUGUAUUAAUAGUCGGUUUCUGUUCUGUCCCGAGCUCCCGAGUCGGGUUCUCCGUAUGCGUUUUCCGUUGCGAGUAGUUGAAUGAUUGCGUUUCGAUUAGAGCCCUCCGAGUGCCGUUUCCAUCAAAAGCGCUCCCUAAUGAAAUGGUCUUCGGUGCUAUGCUACUAUCGGGCAACAUAAACAGCCCAAAGAAGCAACAGGAACACCAACAGCAGCACCAGCAACAUCCAAAGGAGGACAAUCCGCAGAAACCAAAACCAGCAGAAAUCAAAUCCUCCAGAAGUUUCAAGGAUCAGGAUAUAAAGCAACCACCAGGCACAGGGUAUUAUGCCCUCGGCAUUCGAAUUCCCAAAUCGCCAUCUUUCCACAGUGGUCUAGACCAGCUGGCCGACGACGAGUUGGAGGACCAGGAUCUGAAUCCGGACCAGGAUCGGGAGCCAGCCGGCAGCAAGUUCAAAUUCAGCAGCGUGGAGGAGCUCAAGGCCAAGUUCGAGGGGCGGAAGACGCCCCUCUCGCCACCCGAGGCGGCCGCCGGACCAGCGGCUGCUGCAUCCUCCUCGCCCUCUUCCUCCUCCACCAGCUCCAACUCCUCCGCCUCGGCCCUGUCCUCGCUCUCGCAGGCAGGCUCAUCGUCGAUGGCCUCGGCGGCGGCCAACUCCUCGGCCUCGUCCUCGGCGGCCACGUACGGCGGUGGAGCCAAUUCGGCGGCAGCUGCUCUGAUAGCCUCCUCGCCCUUUGGAUCGCAGUCCUCCACUUCCUCGUUGUCGGUUUCCUCGAAUGCCGGCAUGCCGAAGCCAGGAGCCACCACCACGGCUGCCCCAACGAGCGCCGGAACCUCGCUGGUCUCUACACUGGCUCAGCACUUUUCGGCGGCCACUUCGGCGGCUGCUUCUGCGGCAGCUGCAGCUGCUUCUUCGGCUGCCGGUUCGACUGCUUCCGGCUCAUCUGGUGCUUCGUCUAGCGGCGCCACUAGUGCAUCCGGCUCCAUAGCCGCCAGCAAGUCACCGGUGAGCGCGGCCGCGGCCAUUAAGAACAUACUGAAUGCCACCAAAAGUGUGGGCAACAGUGCUGCAGCGGCUGCUGCAGCAGCGGCGGCGGCCACCUCCUCAUCAUCCUCAUCCUCCACACCAGCCGCCCCAACAACUAACAACACCACCAACGCCAUAGCCACAGCCACAGUUACCGCUCCCGUCACCAGCACUGGCAUUGGCAUUGGCAUUGGCACCGGCACUGGCCCCGGCCCCGCACCCGGUUCCGGUUCUGGUCCCGGCCCCAGCGCCGCCGCCGCCGUCGCCCCGGUAAACAACGAGGCGCCCGCAGAGGAGCUGCGCCCAACGGUGGCCCAAAAUCUGGUCGGCGGCAUUAGCAUCUCACUGGGCAUUGGCCAGCGGAAUGGCAGUGCCACACAGACGGCAACAGUUGUGGCCACAUCCAGCUCCACUGUGGUGGUGUCCUGUGCAUCCAGCUUGACCAUCCUGCAGCAGAACGGUGACCAGCAUCACCAGACGCUGCAACAGCUGACGGGCAGUCCGGGAAGAGCUCGUGACCGGAAUCUGUUCCAUACGCCACCCACCGCUUCGGUUGCCCUGGCGCUGCCUGCACUGCGAGAAACGACGGCCGGCGAACGGGAGGAGUUGUUCAUUCAGAAGAUCCGACAAUGCUGCACACUCUUCGACUUUUCGGAGCCGCUGAGCGACCUGAAAUGGAAGGAAGUGAAGCGUGCGGCCCUCCACGAGAUGGUCGACUUUCUCACAAACCAAAAUGGCGUGAUUACCGAGGUGAUCUACCCGGAAGCUAUCAACAUGUUUGCUGUCAACCUUUUCCGCACUUUGCCGCCAUCGUCCAAUCCGAAUGGCGCUGAAUUCGAUCCGGAGGAGGAUGAGCCGACGCUGGAGUCAUCGUGGCCACACCUCCAACUGGUCUAUGAGCUAUUCUUGCGCUUCUUGGAGUCACCCGACUUCCAACCAAAUAUGGCUAAGCGAUUUAUCGAUCAUCAAUUCGUAUUACAACUAUUGGAUUUAUUCGAUUCGGAGGAUCCACGUGAACGUGAUUUCCUAAAGACUGUUUUACAUCGCAUCUAUGGAAAAUUUUUGGGCUUGCGAGCAUUUAUUAGGAAGCAAAUCAACAAUGUCUUUUACAGAUUUAUCUACGAAACGGAGCAUCAUAACGGCAUAGCCGAGCUAUUAGAAAUCCUGGGCAGUAUAAUCAAUGGCUUCGCCCUUCCGCUCAAGGAGGAGCAUAAACAAUUUUUACUUAAGGUAUUGUUGCCAUUGCACAAGGCCAAGAGCCUCUCGGUCUACCAUCCGCAGCUAACCUACUGUGUGGUACAGUUCCUUGAGAAGGAUCCCAGUUUAUCCGAGGCUGUUAUCAAAAGCCUACUUAAAUUCUGGCCGAAGACGCAUAGCCCCAAGGAGGUGAUGUUCUUAAAUGAGCUGGAAGAGCUACUUGACGUAAUCGAACCGGCCGAAUUCCAAAAAGUAAUGGUGCCCCUGUUCCGUCAAAUUGCCAAGUGCGUCUCCUCCCCGCACUUCCAAGUUGCCGAACGGGCGCUUUACUAUUGGAAUAAUGAGUAUAUCAUGUCCUUGAUAGCGGACAACUCGGCGGUAAUUUUACCCAUUAUGUUCCCCGCGUUGAAUCGCAACUCCAAGACACACUGGAACAAAACAAUACAUGGAUUAAUUUACAAUGCGCUCAAGCUGUUUAUGGAAAUGGAUCAGCGGUUGUUCGACGACUGCAGCAAGAACUACAAGCAGGAGAAGCAAAUGGAGCGCGAGAAACUGUCGCAACGCGAAGAACUCUGGCAGCAGGUCGAGAGCUUGGCCAAGACGAAUCCGGAGUGGUCGAAGGCGCGUCGCUUCAACGACUGCCUGUCGUCGCCGAACGAUAGCCGUAACCUGUAUAAUGAAUACAAUGAGAAUUGUGAUCUGCUGUACGAGCAGAACGAGCAGCAGCAACAGCAGCAGCAGGCCCGCCAGCCGCCGCCACCGCUUCCACCCCAGAAACAGGCGCUGCAGGAGCCCCGAGAGUGAAAGCGCGAAUAUUAAAUUGUACAGUUGAAUUUGAAAUUUGAAACUUAAGGCGUAGAAGAUUACCACCUGACCCCCGACUUCUGCCACACAAUUUGACAUAGCUUGUUACCUAUGUACACCAUCACCAUCGCAUAAACACACACAUAAAUAUAUAUAUAAAUGUUUAAAAGUACUCCGCAGCUAAUGUUUACAAGUCUUAUAUGCGAUUUAGCCUAGCCCCUAGCAGCUUACCUAUAAAUAUUUAUAUGUUACAAGAGAACCCCAAAGGACAGAUCAAGAUCUAUGUAUAUGUUAAUCUAUAUACACAUAUAUUAUAUAUAAAUAUAUAUAUAUUUAAUGUGGGAUCCGUGCCAGCCAAAUGAGUGGAGUGGACUGGAGUGGAGAGGAGCAUCCUUAAAUCAGAAGAAGAUUUCCACAGAUACUCCUCCAAACACUGUUCUAGAUGACUUAAGGAUGCAGAAGAGCCGCAGCCGGAGCCGGAGCUGAUCAAAAUUCUUCUACCACUACCAAGUGCUGUACAGGCCAAGAAAACGAAAGGCUUCAGUUUAGCUAUAGACACAAAUAUAUAUUAUAUAGAGAUGUAUUUACAUAUUUUUGGCAAAAAAAAUAUAUAUAUUAUUGUAUGGCAUGGUAAAAGGGAAAGUACAUAAUUCGCAGAAAGGUAGAUUUUUUCAUACAGGAGACGGUGAAAAUCAAACUUUUCAAUAUAUAUAUAUAAAAAAUAUAAAAAUUAUUUUAAAACAAUCUAUAAAAAAUAUAUAUAUAUAUAUGUAUUUAUAAAUGUGAAAACAAUAAAUAAAAUGAGUUAUACACCCCUAAAGAAAUAUAUGUGCAAGUUGUAAAUGAAGCAUGUAAUUUUGUAAAAUUAUAAAUAAAAGUUUAUCAUGUCGAGAAUUGCCGGACUUUUACCAAAUGCACAUAAAAGAAACUAUUAGCUUAUGCCGCCAGAUAGGCAGCAAAUAAAUCUUAAAAACGACGAA